AUGCUGCCUAGAGACCACAGUCCGCCGUUUGCAAUCCCUGGAAGACCACGCCGCUUCCGCCUCUUCCGAACGACGACACUCAUCCCAUCGCUCGUGUUCCUCACUGUGACAAUCGCGCUGCUCGUCGUCAUGAAAGAAGCACAGCCGUCUCUGUCGACAUCACCAGACGCGCCGACGGGGCACUCGGAGUCCUCGGCGGUAUGGUACCGCAUGCAAGCCGUGCCUGACUACUUCGUGCAAUCGGACCCUACCACGAAUGCCUCCCAAUUCUCGUUCCUGACCAGCAAUUUUGGCUUGAUCUCCCGCUCAUACUCGUCCGAUCCGUCGUACCCCUCUGACGAGCCGAAGCCGACCCAAUGGCAAAGAUUCUACCAUCACCUGUCCACGCUCAACGCAGAUGCCCCGCCAUCAACUUCAUACAGGCUCUUGUUUCUGGGAAGGCACGGACAAGGCUUCCACAACAUUGCAGAGACAUACUACAGUCGAGUGGCGUGGGAUUGCUACUGGUCGACACUAGAGGGCAAUGGGACGGUCAACUGGCUCGAUGCGCACCUUACACCAGUCGGGCAAGGGCAGGCAAAGACCGCAUCGAACUUCUGGGCAUCGCAAAUCAAGGAGCAGAAGAUGAAGACGCCUGAGGCCUACUACCUUAGUCCUAUGGACAGAGCUAUCGAGACCGCCGACAUCACAUUUCGGCAACUGAAGUUUCCUCAUGGAUCUGGACCAUACCGACCGCUGAUCAAAGAGAUGCUCCGGGAAACGAAUGGCAUCCACACGUGCGACAAGCGCUCGCCGCUAUCAACGAUCCGAUCAAGAUGGCAGGAUCCACCUUAUCGCAUUGAGGAGGGCUUCACUGAAAAGGAUGAGCUGUGGGAUCCUGAUCUUCGCGAGACAGACUCUGCCCACACCCAACGAAUGCUCGGGGCGCUCGACGACAUCUUCGCCCACGAUGACAGUACUGUUAUCUCCCUGACGGUCCAUUCUGGUGUCAUUGCUGCCAUAUUGCGAGGGGUUGGUCACCGAUCUUUCAUCAUGGAGACUGGUGGCGUUAUACCUGUGCUGGUCAAGACAGAGAAGGUUACUGGCAGAAGGCCCGACGUGAAAACAGAACCUUGGCACCCCAAGCCUGCUUGUCCGCCUGGCUUCAGCUUGGAAGGCAGAGACGCUUCGGACGCUGCUUUCAAGGAGUUUCUGGAGGUCAAUGGCGGCAUACGAAUCCCGUAA